AGACUUUCAAUACCACUCGAUCCCUACACCCACCUCGCGCCCUGGCGCAUAACUCCAAGUCUGCAUACCACGCCCAUGGGUCGAACGCCAACCAAGUCUGUCGCUCGCGUGUAUGCUGACGUGAACGCGAAGCUAGGGCCCUCAUGGCAUGAAUAUGAUAACCUGCAGGUUCAAUGGGGCUCUCAGGAUCAUUACGAGAUUGUCCGGAAAGUGGGCCGCGGAAAGUACUCCGAGGUCUUCGAAGGAAUCAACAUAGUGAACGACGAGAAAUGUAUCAUCAAAGUCUUAAAGCCGGUGAAGAAGAAGAAGAUCAAGCGAGAAAUCAAGAUCUUGCAAAACUUGGCUGGCGGUCCUAACGUUGUUGCUCUCCUGGACGUCGUCCGCGACCCAUCCUCAAAAAUACCCAGUCUGAUAACAGAAUACGUGCACAAUGUCGACUUCAAGGUGCUUUAUCCUCGGUUCACCGACUUCGAUGUGCGAUUCUAUAUGUUUGAACUGCUCAAGGCCUUGGAUUACUGCCACUCCAAGGGUAUUAUGCAUCGAGACGUGAAACCUCAUAACGUUAUGAUUGAUCAUGAACGACGAAAGUUGCGCCUCAUCGACUGGGGUCUGGCCGAGUUCUACCAUCCGAAGACGGAAUACAACGUGCGAGUGGCUUCACGAUACUUCAAAGGCCCGGAGUUGCUGGUCGACUUCCAGGAGUACGAUUACAGUCUUGACAUGUGGAGCUACGGCUGCAUGUUCGCGUCCAUGAUAUUUAGGAAGGAGCCCUUCUUCCACGGCCAUGAUAAUUAUGACCAGCUCGUCAAGAUCACAAAGGUGCUUGGCACAGAAGGUCUCUAUCAGUAUAUCGAGAAAUACGACAUUGCGCUGGAUCCGCAAUACGAUGAGAUACUUGGGAACUACCCGAAGAAAGCGUGGUCGCGGUUUAUUACGUCGGAGAACCAGCGAUACAUAUCAAACGAAGCCAUAGACUUCUUGGACAAGCUGCUCCGGUACGAUCACCAGGAGCGACUCACUGCGCGGGAAGCACAAGCACACCCCUACUUUGAACCUGUGAGAAACGCCAGCGUGCACGAUCCCGAUAGCGACGGUUCUCCGGCAUAGCAGCCAAGUUUAUCUCGGUCUCAUGACCUGGACGGGCCAGGUCUCCGCCAGCUAAGCUGUGAUCUAUGUAGACCGCUGUCGUGUCGUACUGCUGCGGACGAGAUGCUGUUCUAAUGUACUGGUUUGUAAUGUUACCUUGCAGGCGUCCCUCCCACCGGCUUUGCGGAAGACCACCUGGCUCGCUUCGGAUUUCCUUCUCUUGUGAACGAUGGUAUGACUCGUCGUUUGUAGAGGGCUCAUGCAAGCGCCAGAUAGCUAGAAGAUAAUCAAUGCGUACCGCCUGCCGAACGUACAAGAUCCAC